GAAACUGCAGAGUCACGAAAGCAGGUUCUUGAGGAUUCCUAUGAAGCUCAGAAGUAUUUCUCUGAUGCCCUGGCAGCCGAGCUAUGGAUGAAAGACAUUGAGCCAGUGGUUGGUAGCUCUGACUAUGGGAAAGAUGAAGACAUGGCUGAAGCUUUAUUAAAGAAGCAUGAGACGGUCUUUGCCGAUGUCAAAGGGUUUGGCAGCACCAUUGAAGCAUUGUCAGCACAGAGUGCCAAGUGUCAAGAUACAGUGAGUGAUGUGAGUCUAGGGCCAGGAGCAGGUGAGUCAGAGAAGACUUACGUUAAAGCAGUCUACAGCUAUGGAGCCCACAGUGCCAGGGAAGUGAGCGUCAAGAAAGGAGAAAUACUAGCACUGAUAAACUCAUCAAACAAAGAAUGGUGGAAGGUAGAAACAUCAGGAGGGAAGCAAGGUUUCCUUCCUGCUAAUUAUGUGAAGAAGGUCUCUCCUUCUGUUGCUGUGGGGCUAGCUGGUAAUGCUUCUCUACAAAGGAGGGUCUCCUUUAAUGUGGCCAUGGAAACUGGUCCACAAGAGAGUGUGGUUGACAGACAAGCUAGAGUUAAGAGAAAAUAUGCUAACUUAGAGAGGCUAGCUGAUGACAGGAGGCAAAGGCUUGAAGAGUCAAAGAAGAGGUUUGUUUUAAGCCGUGAACUGAAUGAACUGAAACACUGGAUAACUGACAAAGCCGCAUUUGUUAGUUCUGAAGAGGCUGGGAAGGAUCUUGAACAUGUCGAGGCUCUAAAGAAGAAGUUUGAGAGCUUUCAAGCCGAACUGACAUCUAACGAGGCCAAACUCACAAGCAUAACAACAAUGGCUGAAGGAAUGGUACAAGAAGGACAUACUGAUGCUGAAGAAAUACAAGGAGAACUAGAGGAUUUAAAUUCUCUCUGGGAGACAUUAGUCCAAUCCACAGCCUCUAGGAAGCACCAGCUUGAGGAGGCCUAUAAUGUACAGAAGUUCAUACGAGCCGCCGAUGAGACCAAACUCUGGAUGAAUGAGAAGUCCACGUCAGCUCUCUCUGAUGAUUAUGGGCGUGACCUUGCCAGCGUCCAGGCACUCCAGAGGAAGCACGAGGGACUGGAGAGGGAUCUUGAUGCACUGGAAGAAAAAGUUAAGAGUGUUACUGUUGAAAGUGGUGCGUUGAGCAGGUCUUAUCCUCAAGCUGCCAAGCAAGUGAAGAGCAAAGAGAAGGAAGUACUGGACGCAUGGAACCAUCUCAAGGGACACGCUGAGGCUCGUAAAGUGAAGCUUGUUGAUUCUUACGAUCUUUCACACUUUGUCAAUGAAGAGCCUAAAAUAUCUGAAGUUCAAAAGUUUGCUGAUCAGUUGGUUCAAAGCAGACACUACGCUGCAGUCGAGAUAGCCGAACGACGUGCCUCGGUCCUCUCAGCUUGGGCCAAACUAAAGCAGUCCCUCGUUGACUGGAGAAGCAGACUAGGCCAGUCACAGAGUCUACAACAGUUCAAUAGAGAAGUGGACGAGAUUGAUGCCUGGUUGGGCGACAAGCUCCAAACGGCCGGUGAUGAGUCGUAUCGCGAUCCGACGAACCUUGAGAACAAGUUACAGAAACACGAGACUUUUGAGAGCGAAGUUGAGGCCAGCAAGGAGAGGGUCUUUGGUCUUGUUCAAGCUGGAAAGGAUCUAAUAGAGUCCCAGCAGUGUCCUGGGCAGGAGGGGGACAUACAGGAGAGGAUAGGAUCACUGGAGGAGCAGUGGGAGAAACUCAUCAACAAAACCAACGAGAAGACACAGAAACUGAAGGAGGCCAACCAGGAGAGACAGUUUAAUGAAGGGAUUAGAGAUCUUGAUUAUUGGUUGCAGGAGACAGAGGCUAAGCUCUCCAGUGAUGAUUUAGGUAGAGAUAUUGAUGGAGUGGAGGCAUUGGCUAAGAAACACCAGCUCCUCGAGGCAGAACUACUGGCACAACAGGAUCGUAUCAAAGAUCUCAAGGCACAGUCAAUGAAGUUUAUGGAGGAUCAUCACUUUGAUGCUCAGAGCAUACAGGCCAAGCAAAGAGACACUGAAGCUAGAUUCGGAAGACUUCAGCAGUUAGCUAAAGGCCGUAAGGCAAAGCUAGAAGACUCUCUCACGUUGCAUCAGUUUUAUGGGAGCAUCAACGAUGAGGAGGCAUGGAUCAAAGAGAAGAAGUUGCUAGUUAGUUCAACUGAUUAUGGUAAGGAUCUCCUUGGUGUCCAGAGACAUCUCAACAAUCACAGGAAAUUGGAAGACGAACUUAACACGCACGAACAAGCACUAAAGUCUCUGUUAUCUCAAGGUGACAAGUUAGCCUCGUCUGAUCAUUAUGCUAUGCUGGAGAUAAAAGAGAAAUGCUCCAACCUACAGGACCAGUGGCAAGACCUCAAUAACCUUGCAUCUAAAAGGCACCAGAAGUUGCUUGAGUCCCUCUCUUAUCAAGAGUUCAGUGCUCGGGUGAGCGAGGAGGAGUCAUGGCUCUCAGAGAAACUAUCACUGACUGGAAGCGAUGACUAUGGAAACAGUCUGGCUGCUGUCCAGUCAUUGUUAAAGAAACACGAAGCGUUUGAGACUGAUGUUGUUGUCCAUCAAGGAAGAAUAGCAGAGAUGGAAGAAACGGGAGAGAAGUUAACGAAACAAGACAACUAUCAAGCAAAGCAAAUUAAACAGAAACUAACACUGUUAAAGUCUAAAAUGAAAGAGUUGGAGAGUGCUGGUAAGAGGCGUCAGGCUGGACUCCAAGACUCCAAGAACUGCCUUCAGUUUUACUGGGAGGCUGACACUGUUGAGUCUUGGAUCAAGAAUAAACAUGGGCAGCUUCAUUCUGAUGAUCAUGGUCGUGACAUUCUCUCUGUGCAAGCUUUACUGACCAAACACGAGACAUUUGAAGCUAGUCUCAGCUCUUAUAAGAAAGAAGGUAUUGAUAAUCUCACACAAGUGAAGGAUGAUCUGAUAUCAACUAAUCACUCUCAGUCACGUAGCAUAACCCAGCGUCACACUGAUGUCAUGAGGAGGUGGGAUAAGUUACAGAAAGAUUCUGAUGCUCACAAAGCCAGGCUCCAGCGUGCAUUAGAUCAGUUUAAGAAGGUGGAGGAGCUGUUUCGUCAGUUUGCUGAAAAGGCAUCAGCUUUCAGCAUAGCAUUGAGCAACAUUGAAGAGGAUUUGGCAGACCCAGUUCGCUGUAACUCUCUACAUGAAAUUGAAAGUAUAAGAGGGUCUCACCAGCAGUUACAGCAACAAGUCUCCAUAUGUAGGAAUGACCUGAAACAAAUCUCUACCCUUGACAGACAAAUAAAGUCGUACAGCACUUCAGCCAGCAACCC